AGCUGCUCACCUGGUCAAGCUGUUGGACUCACCUGUUCAGAUCAAGAUAACAUCAGGUUGGUGGGAGAGGCCAGCCGAUGUGCCGGGAGACUGGAGAUGUUACAACAAGAAGAGUGGAGACCAGUGGAUGUUUCGUCUAGUUACUGGAACAUGAACUCAGUUGCUGCAGUUUGUGCUGGACUGGACUGUGGUUCUGCUGUUUCAGCAAGAAAUUCAAAGGAAGCUUCAGAGAGACCAGUUUGGAGGAUCUGGUCUCACUGUUUCCUGUCAGGAUCUGCAUUGAAGAACUGUUUACCUUAUGGUGAAAACAGUGAUCAGAGCCUUGAGCUCAUCUGCUCAGGUCUGCUGGUUGAGCCGCUCAUCUUCCUCUCUUCCUCCACUGACGGGGUCUCCACAGGCAGAAAGCAGGGGUCUGAGCUCCUCAUUGGCUCAAAUUUCAGCAUCACCUGCUCCAUCAGACCUCAGUAUGAAGGCGGCUCCUUCCAGCUCAUCUUCAGCACCUCUAACUACACUCAGAACCAGACCCUGCCAGCUGUUAAUCACUCCGCCCUCUUCCUGUUCUCUGCUGCUGGCCACGCCCACCAAGGAACCUACCGCUGCGUUUACCACGUCUACGUUUUCUCCUAUAACUUCUCCUCUAUCAGCCAGCCUCUCAACGUCACUGUCUCAGAUAAACUCAUGGAGUCCAUCAGGAAAAGUUCUGCUUCAGUUUCAGCCUCUCCCACUGCUUUGAUCAUCAGUCUGGUUGUCGUCCUGCUGGGUAUGCUGGGAUCAGUCCUGGUCCUCUACUUUAAGGCCAGAAGAAACCAGAAGUCUGGACCAGAAAACAACCAUCAUGAUGAAGGAUCCAGAGCUGAAGGCAGCUUAAAGGAGGAGACUGCAGUCUGAAGGAGCCAGGAAGGAGCAGAGACAUGUUUCAGACUCCUGGAAAUCUAUCCGUCUAUGUAUCUAUGAUAAAAUGUCUCUGUGCUCCUGCAGCAGGAAGGAAGUUCAAUAUUCAGAAAUUUGUAUCUGGACUAAACCUACUUAAGUAAAACUUAUAUAACAAAGGAACACAAAACAUUCAACAUCUGACCUGUGGUUGCUGAGGCAAAAAUUCGGGCGGGCAUGGGAGGAGUUUGGAGAGGCCA